AAAUCAGAGGAAGAAAAACAGAGCAAAUUAGUACUACCUGCAUUAAAGCUAAAGCACAAGAAUUUGGAUUACUUCAAUCCCAAAAUCUGCAUAUCUUUCUAUAAUUUUCUGGGAUUUCAAUGUUGUCUUCUUCAUCAUGCCUUACAUCAUCAUCAUCAUCUCCUGCAUUCAAUUUCAAAAAACAGCUCUUUUUUCUUCAUUCUAGGGGGUUUGCUGCUCCAUUAAGACUGUGUCACCCAGUUGGAAAUUACCAAAUUAGUAGGAGAAAUAUUGCUUUGAGUGGAAUUGUAGCUGCUGGAGUUUCAGCUAUGGAGUCAGCUUCUCUUACUACUAAACCUGUUCAAGGGCUGGAAAGAUUGCUAUUCAAGACAGAAGGAUAUAACUUUUGGACAUGGAGAGGUCACAAAAUACAUUAUGUGGAGCAAGGAGAGGGGCCUCCAAUUGUUCUUGUACAUGGUUUUGGUGCAUCGGCAUACCAUUGGAGGUACAACAUACCUGAGUUGGCUAAAAAGUACAAGGUUUAUGCAAUUGACUUGCUUGGAUUUGGAUGGAGUGAGAAGGCAAUCGUUGACUAUGAUGCUAUAAUCUGGAGGGAUCAAGUGGUUGAUUUUCUGAAAGAAAUAGUCAAGGAACCUGCUGUUGUAGUCGGAAACAGCCUUGGAGGCUUUACUGCACUGGCAUCAGCAGCUAGUCUGCCUGAAAAAGUGGUUGGAGUUGUACUACUAAACUCUGCUGGACAGUUUGGGGAUCCAAAUGCCAUAGCCAAACCUGAUGAAACUGAAGAGAACAUCUUGGAGAGGCUCAUCAUAAAGCCUUUCAAAGAGAUGUUUCAGCGUGUUGUCCUUGGUUUUUUAUUCUGGCAAGCAAAGCAGCCAGCUCGUGUAGCAUCAGUUCUCAAAAGUGUGUACAUAAAUAGCUCCAAUGUGGAUGACUACCUCGUGGAAUCCAUAACUCAUCCAGCAUCAGACCCUAAAGCUGGCGAGGUUUAUUACCGAUUGAUGUCGCGCUUCAUGUCCAACCAGAGGAAGUACACACUUGACAGUCUUUUAAGCAAACUAUCUUGCCCAUUACUACUGCUCUGGGGUGACCUCGACCCGUGGGUGGGUCCUACCAAGGCCGUAAAGAUCAAGGAAUUCUAUCCCAAUACAUCGGUUGUAAAUCUCCAAGCUGGACAUUGCCCUCAUGAUGAAGUCCCUGAGCUUGUCAAUACAGCUUUAUUGGAUUGGUUGUCAAGUUUAAACCUCGAAAAUCCACCUUUAUCAACCACUGUAAAUGUUUCAUGAAUUUUUGAGAUUGUUGUAAUUAUACUGUAAAUUUACAAAGAUGGAAAGAUGAAGGCAAAUGUAAUUUACAAAGAUGAAGAAAUUUUGAGCAAAUAGCCAACAACCUUAA